AUGAAUCUAGGAUACAAGCACGACAUGAUCAGUUAUUGUACUGUAUUUCUACUUGUUCUUGUGCAGCAAACUCAUUCAUAUUUGUACUCAUGUGAUCCAACGGUAUCAUGUGGUUGUUCACCGAAUUCAGCAACAGUUUCUCGAAUCGUCGGAGGAGAAGCAGCAGCAUCGAGUACUUGGAGUUGGGCAGUGUCGAUUUCAAUAAAUAAUCAAGCAUUAUGUGGUGGAAGUGUUAUAUCAAGUUCGUGGGUAGUCACCGCAGCACAUUGUGUAUCCGGACUCGCAGCAUCAAAAGUGACUGUGUAUGCUGGUUCGAAUGCACGAUUCUCAGGGCAAUCUCGAGUCGCGUCCAGUAUUACAGUGCAUCCGAGCUACGUCAGUAGUAGUCAUGUUAAUGAUAUUGCUUUAAUACGUCUUAGUUCUCCAUUAAUAAUCUCAAAUUCAAGUGUUAAACCAGUUUGUAUACCAUCAGUCGAUUCAGCAACUCUAUCUGCUGGCGAAUGGCCAGCUGCUGAUUUAUCCGUUGUCGCAGUUGGAUGGGGUACAUUGACAGAAGAUGGUUCCUUGCCAUAUUAUCUUCAGCAAGUUACAGUUGAGACAGUAGCCUACACUGAUCCAACGUGUUCUUCGGUUUUGUACGAUCAGCAAAAACAACUCUGUGCCGGUGUUUAUGGUGGUGGUAAAGAUACAUGCCAAGGGGAUUCAGGUGGCCCACUGAUGAUGUUUACUACGAGCAAUCAAUGGGUUUUAGUCGGUCUGACUAGUUAUGGUGAUGGAUGUGCACGUGCAAACGCGAUGGGAGUUUAUACUCGUGUAGCUGCUUAUCAAGAUUGGAUACGACAAACUACCAGUGGUGCAUAUUUAAAUCCAGCGUCUUCCGUAUCAGCUAGAAUAAAUCCUAAUGUUUCAUCUUCUGCUAUAACAGAUACAACUGAUAACGCAGUACCAGUCUCUCCUGUGGCGUUUCUGAUUUCUCUACUCCUUUUUGUCGUGUUUUACUUCAUUUGA